AUGGCAAAGGUUGUUGCUCUUGCUUUCUGCAUCUUGGCCUUUGCCACCAUCGCUCAUUGCCACGCACCAGAAGUAUUCAAUGUCGAAGGCCAUGUGUAUUGCGAUCCAUGCCGCGUCAAGUUUGAGACCAAACUCAGUCACAAAAUCAAAGGUGCAAAUUUGAAGUUGGAAUGCAGUGACCCGAUAACUAGGAACGUGACUUACUCGGUCGAGGGUGUAACAGAUAGCAAUGGACAUUACAGGCUCACCGUGGAUGGAGAUCACGAGGACAGCAUCUGCGAAGUGACUCUAACCAAGAGUCCCGAACCUGAGUGCAGCGUGCCAAUGGCUGGCCUAGAAAAUGCUAGAAUUGUGUGCACUCAAAACAGUGGAAUGCACAACGACGUUCGUUACGCAAGCCCACUUGGGUUCAUGACCAAAGAGUCUGUCUCGGGCUGCAAAGAAGUUCUUGAUGAAUUGGGUCUGGGCCCACAGGAUUUGGAUCUUUGA